UCAGUGUUCAGGACUUGCCGUAGAACAAGGGUUAUAUGCUGCCGCGUGCUGAUGACUGCCCUUUCUUCCUUGUCCAGACAGCGAGAGGGGACGACACGACACGACACGACCCAGUUCGGUCCGGCCGCCGCGCGCUGGCCGGCUGGGCGUGCGUGCUUGGACUAGCCAGCGAGCUAGCUAGUGCUCCAUUCCAUCGGAGCUUGGCUUCGCUUUCAAGUCAAGUCGACGCCACCUCCCCGUCCCCCCCUACGGGCUUGCGAAUUUGGUUCCGUUGGGUGCACACCCCAUCAUGAGGCGCAUCAUGGAGUUCGGUCGUUGUGGUGCAGGUGGUUGCUGCUCUCCGCUGCGCCCCCCGAGCAGAGCUUUUUGUUUUUGCUGAUGAGUGGCAGUGUCUGCUGGGCGACCUAAAACCGCACCUCGGGCCGCGAGCUCGCCAGGGGUUGUUUCGCGCGCAUGGAGCCACCAGCAGCUGGGUGCAGCGGCAGCGGGAGGACGGCGACGAUGGGGUUCUUCCUUCUUGCCGUGGCCGUCCUGCUCUCGGCGUGCGCCCGAGAGUGCCUUGCCAUGACCGACAGCCAGGACACUUCUGUGCUCCGGGCGUUGAUGGAUCAGUGGCAGAACGCGCCGCCGUCCUGGGGACAGUCCGACGAUCCCUGCGGAGACUCGCCAUGGGAAGGAGUGACAUGCGGCAGCGACAAAGUGAUCUCCAUAAAACUUUCCACCAUGGGCAUCAAAGGAACUCUAGCUGCUGACAUAGGCCAGCUCAGUAACCUGCAAUCCCUGGACCUGUCAUUCAACAAGGACCUCAGCGGCGUGCUCAGUCCGACCAUCGGAAACCUGAAGCAGCUCACCACCUUGAUUCUGGCCGGUUGCAGUUUCCAUGGCACCAUCCCUGAUGAGCUAGGAAGUCUGCCAAAGUUGUCCUACAUGGCACUGAAUUCAAAUCAGUUCUCUGGAAAAAUACCAGCUUCGCUGGGAAAUCUCUCGAGCCUCUACUGGUUUGAUAUAGCCGACAAUCAGUUGAGCGGUCCCCUGCCGGUUUCGACAAGCGGUGGAAUGGGUCUAGACAAGCUUAUCAAAACCAAACACUUCCACUUCAACAAGAAUCAGUUGUCUGGUCCGAUCCCUGACGCUCUCUUCAGCCCAGAGAUGACCUUGAUCCAUUUGCUCUUUGAUGGAAACAAAUUCACCGGGAAUAUCCCAGACUCUCUUGGGUUUGUUAGUACACUUGAAGUUGUACGGCUGGACAGAAAUUCCCUUUCUGGCGAAGUUCCUUUAAAUCUGAAAAACCUCACGAAAGUAAAUGAGCUCAACUUAGCCAACAACCAGCUCACCGGAACAUUACCAGAUCUAACUGGGAUGGAUCUUCUCAAUUACGUCGACCUGAGCAACAACACAUUUGAUCCUUCACCAUGCCCAGCGUGGUUUUGGAGGCUGCCACAGCUCUCAGCUCUGAUCAUACAGUCCGGGAGGCUCUACGGCACCGUGCCGCCAAAGCUUUUCAGCAGCUCGCAGUUGAAUCAAGUGAUCCUCGACGGCAAUGCGUUCAACGGCACCCUGAACAUGGGCACGAGCAUCAGCAGCGAGCUGAGCCUGGUGAGCUUCAAGGACAACGAGUUCUCCUCCCUGACGGUGACCUCCAGCUACAAUGGCACCCUUGCGCUGGCCGGGAACCCGGUGUGCGAGCGGCUGCCCAACACGGCCUACUGCAACGUGACGCAGCGGCCGCUGUCUGCGCCCUACUCGACGAGCCUGGUGAAGUGCUACUCGGGGUCGUGCCCGGCGGGGCAGAGCCUGAGCCCGCAGAGCUGCCUGUGCGCGUACCCGUACCAGGGCGUCAUGUACUUCCGCGCGCCCUUCUUCCACGACGUGACCAACGACACGGCGUUCCAGGCGCUGGAGAGCAUGCUGUGGACCAAGCUGGCCCUCACCCCGGGCUCCGUCUACCUGCAGGACCCUUUCUUCAACAGCGACGCCUACAUGCAGGUGCAGGUCAGGCUCUUCCCCGCCGCCGGCAGCAGCGGCGCCUACUUCAACCGCUCCGAGGUCAUGCGCAUCGGCUUCGACCUCAGCAACCAGACGUUCAAGCCGCCCAAGGAGUUCGGCCCCUACUACUUCAUCGCCUCGCCCUACCCAUUCCCAGAAAGCGAGCCAUCGUCGAAGAGCAAGGGCGUGAUCAUCGGCAUAGCAGUGGGCUGCGGCAUCCUGUUCGUUGCGCUCGCCGGAGCGGCGGCCUACGCGUUCAUUCAGAGGCGGCGGGCGCAGAAGGCGAAGGAGGAGCUUGGCGGCCCUUUUGCGUCGUGGGCUCGCAGCGAAGACCGUGGCGGCGCGCCGCGGCUGAAAGGGGCGAGGUGGUUCUCGUACGAGGAGCUCAAGCGGAGCACCAACAACUUCGCCGAGGCAAACGAGCUGGGCUACGGAGGGUACGGCAAGGUUUACAGGGGCAUGCUGCCGACGGGGCAGUUCAUCGCCAUCAAGAGGGCGCAGCAGGGGUCCAUGCAGGGCGGGCACGAGUUCAAGACGGAGAUCGAGCUGCUCUCGCGCGUGCACCACAAGAACCUCGUCGGCCUCCUCGGGUUCUGCUUCGAGCAGGGGGAGCAGAUGCUCGUCUACGAGUUCAUGUCCGGCGGCACGCUGCGCGACAGCCUCGCCGGUAAGAGCGGGCUGCAUCUCGACUGGAAGAAGCGGCUCCGGGUGGCGCUCGGCGCGGCGCGCGGGCUGGCCUACCUCCACGAGCUCGCCGACCCGCCCAUCAUCCACCGCGACGUCAAGUCCAGCAACAUCCUCAUGGACGAGCACCUCACGGCCAAGGUCGCCGACUUCGGCCUCUCCAAGCUAGUGUCCGACAGCGAGAGGGGCCACGUCAGCACACAAGUGAAAGGAACACUGGGCUAUCUGGACCCUGAGUACUACAUGUCUCAGCAACUGACCGAGAAGAGCGACGUCUACAGCUUCGGCGUGGUCAUGCUGGAGCUCAUCGUCGCGAAGCAGCCGAUCGAGAAGGGCAAGUACAUCGUCCGCGAGGCAAAGCAGGUGUUCGACGCCGACGACGCCGAGUUCUGCGGGCUCAAGGACAUGGUGGACGCAAGGAUCAUGAACACCAACCAUCUCGCGGCGUUCGGCAAGUUCGUUCAGCUGGCCCUCAGGUGCGUCGACGAGGUGGCCACGGCACGGCCGUCCAUGAGCGAGGUCGUCAAGGAGAUCGAGAUGAUGCUGCAGAGCGAGGGGCUCAGCAGCGCCUCCACGUCUGCCUCGACGUCCGCGACCGAAUUCGACGUCACCAAGGGGGCUCCUCGCCACCCGUACAAUGAUCCUCUCCCCAAGAAGGACAAGGACGUGAGCACUGACUCGUUCGACUACAGCGGAGGAUAUUCUUUCCAAUCCAAGGUCGAACCGAAGUAGCUGAUUUCUGGAUUGAGACUAUCUUCUUCGUUCGGCCUUUUCCUUCUUCCCCAGCAAGUGGCUCGACGAAAUGUAGAGAUACCGACAACCUUUUUUGUUAUUGUAUUUUGCUUAAUAUUUGUGGGAGACUAGUGAUUCUGUAUGGUUACUAGGAGAGACACAUCAAGAGCAAACCCAUCUGCCUCUAAAGUGCUGCUAGCUGUUGUUUACGGACUAGAGGAAUACUACUAUCAUAGAACAAAGAUGGAAACAGGCGUGUUUGGUCCUUGGGCAA